UUCGAGCCAAACGGCGUGUCCCUUUAAAACUCAGAGCUCGGCUCAACGCAAUUCGAUCCACGGCUCUGAGAGCGAGAGACUAGAAAGAAAGGAAAGACGAGCAAUAAAAGAUCGCAGCAGCACAACCGACGCUGAUUACUGAACUGUCUCACUCCCCGUGUGUAAUCUGAUUUAAAUUACCGGCGAUCUGAAGGAAAACGAACGUUAUUCCCAGUCUACAAGAUUGUGUCGGCUUUCACAGUGAGCAGCUGAAAUCGGUCUGCCGGCAGCGCUUUCAGACGGAGCCCGGCAAACAGGAGCUGAAGCCCGGGACUCAUACUUCACUCAUUCCUUCGAGCGCUCACCGUGACGGGACUUUGUGGAGUUUGGAAUAGCGACGUGGGAACCUGUACUUGUAAGACGAGUUUUUACAGUUUCAGUUGAGGCGGAAUCCAGGAGGAACAGAGAUGAUCAGCUGCUGGAGCUGAAGCUGAUUGGCUAAUCAAGUGAUUGUGAGGGUCAUUUCUUGAUGCUGAUCUGAAAGCUCACUGGUUGGCUCUGAGUGGCUCUGUGCAGAAGGCACACGGAAAAGGCAGAGAGAUAAAGAGACUGACGGACGAGGAGGCUCCCCUUGGUGUGGGGUGUGGCCCUCUCUGUGCUGCAGUGGAGGGCUUCACAGAUACAGCUAGUGUGGCUGGAUGCAUCACCCAGCGGAGCAGUUUGGUGGGCGUGGCACACGGGACUCCUUCCCUCUGGACGGACUGAACCGAGGACCAUGGGCUCCCGUGGGCAGCCGCGCCUGGGCUCCUCCUCCCAGGUGCUCUUCCAGUGCCAGUCAACCCCUCCCCCACCUACCCCCAGGUCACAUGACUGGCCUGAACCACCCCAGUAAAUUCUUUAACAAUGGUCCUUCACCUCGAGACAAAAUGGAGCUGCCUCCAGCUCCGGGAGCCUGCGUGCAGAGGGAGCAGAGGCAGCCGCGCGUCUGGGAACACCUGGGACACCUGUAUGAAACAGAGCAGAAGCCUGAUGACCCCGCCCGCUCCUACCAGGGCCCUGCUCGCAUUCACAAUGGCUACAGCGCAGGACCAGGAGGGCACUUCGCCCCCCGCCCCAACCAGCUGCCAAGGUUUGGGAGCCCUCACCAGCAGCAUGGUCCCAGAAAUAUGGCCCCUCUGGGGGAACUGUGGAACCCAGGGCAGCAGCAGUCCAGGGGCUUCCCAGGAAAGAUGAUGGGCGGUCAGCUGAAGCGCCCAGCACCCCCUCUUGGAGAACAUUCAGUCAUCCAGCACACCCCACCCCCACCCCUGCACCACCCACAGCCCACCAGUGAAGACUGCCCAAGUCCCAGCAAGAGGAAAAGGGGACCCAGCUCUGAACAGAUCCCCCAUCCAGGGUUACAGCGCUUUCCUGCUGCAGGACACCCUGCAUCUCACUACCCUCCCCCAAAAGCAGGCUUCUGGAACCCAAUGAAUAAGGGCGGCGCAUCCUGGCCCCCACCCGACAGGAAGGGUGGUCCUCUGGACUUCCAGGACUCUGCAAAGCCAAGCAUGGGGGGCUUUUCUUAUAAACCUGGUCCCGGUGCUCCAUCACCAGUGUCCCCACCCCCCUUCUCCCCUCCGGGAUACGGUCCAGGACGCGGUAGCCACCCAGCCAAGCCGCCCCUCCCACCUCAGGGACUGGGAAGUUCUCCACAUCACCCUCACCUUCCCUACCCCGUCCCCAACCACCUGCACCACCCCUCCCACCCCCAGCAUGGCCGUGACACCCGCGGCGAGCCUCGGGGCGGACCUCCUCAGCGAGGGACUGACGGGGGCGGCAGCGUCAGCAGAGACAGGCCCGCCCCCCCACCAGCAAACCUCACCGCCGUGCCUUACAGCCACUCCCACCACCAGCCACUCCCAGGACACGGGCACGGACACGGCCCCCCCGCAGUACCUCAGCACACACCCCCCGAGGGCUGGAGGCCGCAGAGCCGGCACCCCGGCCACGCUCCGGAGUCUGGUCGCUAUGGGCCAGCACUGGAAUCUCAGGGUCAGCAUCAGCAGCAUCGUGUUGGGGAAGGGAGGGGUUCUGGGAAUGGCCAGCGUACCAGCCUCUCGCAGGAGCCUCCCCGGGCCCCUGUCAUCACCUCCAGCAGCACCAGCUCUGAGCCUCCUCACCAAACCGGCCUCUACAACAGCCGUAGCAGUGCGUGCAGAACCCAGGCAGCAGCUACAGCGCCCCCUGCUGUGCCCAUCACAUCCAGUGCCCUAAGUGGCUGGGCAAGCAAAGCCCCGCCCCCACUGCCCUCUGUCUGCCAGCCUCCUCCUCUGCUUCACCCAGGGCUCAAUGGUGCCCAUGUUGGCACUGCUAAUCCAUACCAGCAGGAACCCCAGCAACACCCUCCACCCCCCUCUGAGCAAGUCAAACCCUACUUAAGGCUGUCUGACCCCACUCCUGUCUCGUCUUCUUCCUCCCCCAGCUCAGGGUUCCAAAGGUCAGGGGUCAUCACCAGCAGAGCCUCCAGCGCCCUCCCAGAGCCCACAAGCUCCUCACUGCACCUGUCUCGCCCAGCACCUCUUCCCACUGUUCCCACCCCCAAACCUGCAUCUGCCCCAACCUACCCCAAACUCUGCCCACAGCAGGCUCCACCUCUCCCCCCUGCCUAUCCCAAAGUCCCCCCUCCGCAAACUACCCCCACCCAGCCUCCCUCAGCCCACACCUACCCCAGGCUCUGCCCCUCUCAGGCCCCUCCAGCACCCCAAACCAUCAAGGAGGCUCUAGACAAGCUGGACGCAGAACUGCAGGGACACAUGCAGGCUGAGGAGAGACAGAGAGACAGGGAAGGAGUGAGGAAAACGGAGGAGCAGAAACUGAUGAUUGACAGAGAGAAGAAGGAAGAGAGAGGUGAAAAGCAACAAGAGGAGAAUGCCAUCGAGAGUCUGGAGAGACUUCUGUCUGGUGGCAUAUCAGGACCAUCCCCUCUCUCCUCUGUGUCUCCCUCUCCUCCCGCCACCAAGCCCUCACCCCCCUACCCCUGGCUGAGCCGUGCUGGCGCCCCUCCUCUUCCUCCAGGACAGACUCCACCCCCCAUCAUUCCUUUGAUGGAAAGGUCCCGGCCUCCCCCUCUGACCCCCCAGACGGAGUUUGCCCGUGAGAAACAGAGACAGAGGGAGAGGUGGGGAAGCACCGGGUCAUCCCAUAGCCCCAGCUCCAAGAAUACCUCAGGUACCGCCUGCCCUCCUUAUCUCAGCGCUCCUGGCCCCAAUCUCUCCUCCUCCUGCGAAAACCUGGCCAGAGGCCCACUGAUGCAGCCCACACCCAGCCCAUCCAAAGACUCUCCCAGGGAGAGAGCCAGUAAAGAGGGUGGUGGCUCCAGCACGGUCUUGACCACCUCUCUCCGUGAACCACCCAAACUCUUCCAGGGCUUUCCCAGGGAUACCCUGUCCUCCUCCGCUGGCAGCUGCAGUCGCUCCAGCACCAGUGCCAGUGGGCACAAGCUAGUGGGCACAGGCAGUGGCUUAGGCAGCCUGGGCAGCAGUGCCAGCAGCAGCAGUGACUCAGACAGCGCACAGUUUGAGGAGGAGCCCCCUGAGCUGUCCACGAUCCUGCCUGAUGGACUGGCCACCAUCAUGAAGAUGUUGGAUGAGUCCAUCAAAAAGGAGGAAGAGCUGAGCUCAGGCGCGGACAGAGGCCAGUAUUCUCCCCCGUCCACUCUACAGAGCUACCUGUGUGCUCCCAAUCUCCUCCCUGCACCCCGCCAGCAAUCUGUGGAGGACCUGGGGACUGAUUCCCACGCUAGUCCCCCUGUCCUUAGCAGACAAGGCUCCCUGGCAUCUUCACUGUGCGAGGAAGAGGAGGAGGAAGCAAUGAAACUUGCUCCGAAGCCCAGCCCAGGCCACUCCACACCAUUAUACCCACAAUCCCAGGACAUCAGAGGUGGACCAGGCGCUGAUUACCGCCACAGUGACCUAGCCAAGCUAUAUGGCCUUCCUGAUCCAGCCAAGGGUGAAGGAGAUGAUGAUGAUGAUGAUGAUGAGGAAGAGGAGGAGGAUGAUGAUGAUGAUGAAGGCAACGAAGCAUCCUGCUCCCCGCCACCACAACGGCCACAUCUCCACCAGACAGGCGUGGGCAGCAUGUUCAAAUCCCUGGCUUCUGUCCUGGGGAGUCAGAAAUAUGCCUACCGGGGUGGUCCCUUUGGAAGGCCCCCUCCCAACGCCCUCACAGGGGUCAAAUACUCCUCCUCACUCUCCCUGGGUCCAGAGAUCUGUUGCCAGCAGGGUACCUCCCCCACCUCCAGCUCCACCACUCACCCAGGGUUCGGCGGCUCACCCCAGCCCCUUACCCAUGCUACCUCAGAGAAGCCGCGCUCUCCUGAGGGUGAGGCUGGCUGGAGAGCCCAGAGAGAGGGCAAGCUGAAGAGCGAAGAGGAAGAGAUCAGCAUCUGGAAACAGGAGAGUGGAGAGAAAGAGAGAAAGGUAGAACUGUUGGAAGGAGACCAGAGGACUCCGUUGUCUCCACAUUCAGCCCCCGUCAAGACAGAACCAAAGUCCUUUGGGCUCCGGCCUGAGCUGAAGCUGACCACCAUCUCCGAGUCCUCACUGGCAGAACUGGGCCGCAGCUGUGAGGUUCUACUGACCCGACAUGCCAUCCCGGUAGGAACAGGCUGUCGGGUCAAGAUGGAGAAGGAGGACAAGGAGAAGGAGGCUCAAAAAUCUGUAAGAGAUAAAGAAAGAGAGAGGGAGAAGAGCCAAAAGAGGAGGCAUGAUGUUGGCAGCAGCAGCAGGAAACACCAGCAGAGAAAGGAGAGGAAGAAAAAGCACAAAGAAAAGCGAGAAGAGAUGUUCUCCUCCUCUUCCUCACACUCCAGCUCCAGCCGGAGACACAAGGACGGGAAACACCACAAGGACAAGAAGAACCGGCAAGUCCUGGGGAACUUGGACCUCCAGAGCAAGGAGAUUCGCGAGAAGACCCGGGUGAGAGAGGAGGACAGCUGCCCUGUGGCAGGAGAGAGGGGCAGGACAGAAGACAAGAGUGUGAUGGGCAGUGAUGGAGAGAGAGAAGACUCUGCAACCACAGCUGGAAGGGGGUCCAAGCCGGACGGCAGCAUGGCCAGCGGGCCGAUGGCUACUGCAGCCAGCACCACCUCGACCCUGGGCGCAGCUGACUUCCUGAAGCUGAAGGCUCUGUCAGACGGUCCCCCCAAGGAGCUGAAGAUUCGACUGAUCAAGGUGGAGAGUGGAGACAGGGAGACUUUCAUUGCCUCUGAGGUAGAGGAGAAGAGGAUCCCCCUGGCAGAGAUCAGUAUCAAGAACACUGCUGCUGAGGUCAUUCGAGCCUGCAAGGGAGCGAGAGUGAAGGGGAAGUUCCGGGAGUCCUAUCUUCUCCCCGCUUUUUCAGUCAAGCCCAUCAUGAACAGGGAACUGCCCAUCCCGCGAGAAAAGCUCAACCCACCCACACCCAGCAUCUAUCUGGAGAGCAAGAGAGACGCCUUCUCCCCCGUGCUUCUGCAGUUCUGCACAGACCCCAAGAACCCCAUUACUGUCAUCAGAGGGCUGGCUGGCUCCCUCCGCCUCAAUCUGGGGCUGUUCUCCACUAAGUCUCUGGUGGAGGCAAAUGGGGAACACGCAGUGGAGGUGCGCACGCAGGUGCAGCAGCCGGCUGAUGAGAACUGGGACCCCAGUGGCUCUGCUCAGACCUGGCCCUGCGAGAGCAGCCGCUCCCACACCACCAUCGCCAAAUAUGCCCAGUACCAGGCCUCCAGCUUCCAGGAGAGCCUGCAGGAGGAGAAGGGCAGUGAUGAAGAGGAUGAAGAUGAUGAGGAUGAAGAAGAGGAGAAGAAAAAAGCCUCAGAGCCCCCAGCCAACACAGCCUCAGCCACCAACACCAGCAACAGCAGUGGGGAGCAGAAACCAGUGGGAAAGAUCAUCAAAUUUGGUACCAACAUCGACCUCUCAGACGCUAAGAGGUGGAAGCCACAGCUGCAGGAGCUGCUGAAGCUGCCAGCCUUCAUGCGUGUGUCAUCCAGUGGAAACAUGCUGAGUCAUGUGGGACACACUAUCCUGGGGAUGAACACUGUGCAGCUAUACAUGAAGGUCCCGGGCAGCCGAACGCCAGGGCAUCAGGAGAACAAUAACUUCUGUUCUGUGAACAUCAACAUCGGUCCAGGAGACUGCGAGUGGUUUGCUGUGCAUGAUAACUACUGGGGGGCCAUCAGUGACUUCUGUGAGAAGCAUGGAGUGGACUACUUGACGGGCUCGUGGUGGCCGGUUCUGGAGGAUCUGUACCGGGCCAACAUCCCAGUGUACCGCUUCAUCCAGCGGCCAGGGGACCUGGUGUGGAUCAAUGCCGGGACAGUACACUGGGUCCAGGCUGUGGGCUGGUGCAACAACAUCGCCUGGAAUGUGGGGCCAAUCAACUCCUAUCAGUACCAGCUGGCUCUGGAGCGCUUCGAGUGGAACGAAGUCAAGAAGGUCAAGUCCAUCGUCCCCAUGAUCCAUGUGUCCUGGAACGUGGCUCGCACUGUGAAGGUCACUGACGCGGACACCUACAAGAUGAUCAAACACUGUCUCCUGCAGUCUAUCAAGCACAUUCAGAUUCUGAGGGACCAGCUCGUGGCUGCCGGGAAGAAGAUCUCCUACCAGAGCCGCGUAAAGGAUGAGCCGGCCUACUACUGCAACGAGUGCGAUGUGGAGGUGUUUAACCUGCUGUUUGUGACGAGUGAGAACGGAAGCAGGAAGAUGUAUGUGGUGCACUGCGAGGACUGCGCACGUCUGCGCAGCCCCAGCCUGUCCGCUGUGGUGGUGCUGGAGCAGUACCGGAUGGAGGAGCUCAUGAACAUCUACGACAACUUCGUCCUGGCUCCAACACCCAGCUCCCGAUGAGGCCUCCAGCCAUCUCCCAGCCAUAACCAAAACUCCUGUCUGUCAGGAGAACACAAGUUGUUUUUUGUUGUUAAUCUGAAUUCGUUCUUUUAUUAUGUUUGUCUUUUUUAUUACUACUGCUAAUACUUGCUGAACAGCCAAUCGAAAACCAGUUUACUAAAUGUUGUUUACAAUACCACAUCAGCCAAUAAAACUCCGGUUUACUGUUGUUGGUCCUGUCUACCAGCUGCUGAUUGGCUCUCAGAGGGACUCUCCAUAGAAGGCAGUGUUUGUUAUGGUAAUGACAGGAGGAUCAAAUGACUGACUGAGGGAGUUUAUGAUCUCAAUGGCAUGUUUUUGGUUGUGUUUUAUUCUUAAAUGCUGAAAUUUGUAAAUGCUGUUUGAAUUUGUGGG